AUGAAAUCCCUUGCAAGUGCCUACGUGAAUCUGCUGAAGACGAGCAUCGGCAGCGGCGUCCUGAACUUCCCGUACCUCUUCAAGACGUACGGAAUGGCCACUGCCGUUGCUCUCGCCCUCGUUGCUGGCGCCUGUGCCUCAACCGGCCUCUACCUCCUGAUGCUCUGCAGCCAGGAAGUUGGCCGUGGCGCCGAUCUCGGGCUACUUGCCGCCCACUCGAUCCCGUACGCCCGAACCCUCGUGGACGUGGCCGUCUUCGUCAAGUGCUUUGGCGUCGCCACCUCCUACGUCGUCAUCGUGGGCGGCCUCCUUCCGAAGCUGCUUGCCACCUUCUACGACUCGCCCCUGCUGGCCUAUCCGCCCUUCUGCCUCGGCUGCUACGUCCUCCUCAUAUCCCCAAUCUGCUACACCCGUAGAUUGGACACCCUCAAGUACACCAGUGCUGUUGGAGUCGUAGCAGUCGCAUUCGUCGUGGCUGCCUCCGUCUACCGCUACAGCCACGAGCUGCCUGCCGUCGACGCCUCCUUCUCCUACGGCCACACGCCUCCUUCCGUCUACUGGCUCGCUGGCCUAGGCAAGUUCGUCUUCUCCUUCACCUGCCACCAGAACAUCUUCUACGUCUACGCCGAGAUGGAGGACAACUCGCUUAGGCGGAUGAGGAGGCUGAUCACAGUCACGGCCCUCUCUGCCUUCUUCCUCUACAUGGCAUUUGGUGCAUCAAACUACCUGAUUUACGGAUCAACCGUCAGAGACAACGUGUUGAUGAACUACCCCGAGGAUCUGCUGGCGUCGAUUGUCCACGUCCUCUACGUCGUGGUCAUGGGCGUGUCGUAUCCGCUGCAGCUUGCGCCUGGGAAGACGUAUUUCAUGAAUUUGGUAGGCCACUUUGGGGGCGAAAAGAGGAAGAAUUCAGCAGCAAUUGGAAACGUGGUUACGACGGUGAUGAUUCUGGGGACGUACGCAAUUGCAGUCUCAGGGGUUGGGCUUGGCUUUCUCUACGCCAUCGUGGGCGCAACUGCCUCCACUUUCAUGUCACUGAUACUCCCAGCAAUCUACUACCUCCAUGCUGAUAUUGAGAAGACACUUCUUCUGACACUGAUGUCAUAUGCAUCAUUUCUGAUUGGAAUAUUCGUGUUUCUGACUACAAUUAUAUCACUAUCACUAAGGAUACCAGUACACUGA